CGAAACCCAGUGUGUUAGUUUCCUACGGCUGCUCUAACAAAUGACCACAAACUUGGUGGCUUCAAGCAACACAAGUCUAUUGUUCUAGAGCUUCGAGGAGGGUCUGCCCGCACUCGGGGGCUGGCGGAUGCCUCCCCCCACCUGCAACGCCAGCAAAGCUCGGUCGAGUCCUUCUUACACUGAAUCCUUUGAACACCGAAUGCUGUACUUCCGUCUUCACUGUUUAAGGACUCAGGAGGUCAGACUGGACCCAUGCAGUCGAUCCAGAAUAAUCUCUCCGUCUCAUCAGCUGGUUGGUUAGCGACCCUAAUUCCUCUGGCAAAUUUACUUUCCCCUUGGCCGUGUAACACAAGUUCGUGGGUUUAGAGGGAUUUGGAUGUGGGCAUUUUGGGGGGGGGGACACUCUCAUUCUACCCACCAUAUCCAGUGAGGUCACAAGGGCCUCUGUGACCUCAUCAUGCUCUGGUACCCAAUUGACAAGGUGGCUCUCCCACAUGGUUGCUGGGUUUUGAAUCUGGGCGUCCUAACCCUCCAGCUGCAUGGGAGCCCGACCCGAGGGGGCUCAGAAGCCUUGCUUGAGGGUCCAGACCCUGUUUAAGAGGGUCAAGGCCUUACUCACCAAAGCCCCACCUCCAAGCCCACCCCCGCCCCCAUCCCGGAACCUGGGCUGUACACACGUGUAUGGGUAUGUGUUUGGGCAUGUCCGUGAAAAUGACCUGGAGCAUCUCCCAUCACAGCAGGUGCUGGACACAGGAGAGCAGCUGAUGGUCCCUGUGGAUGUCCUCGAAGUGGAUAGCGAGGGGGCCCUCUGGAAGUUUCUGCUCUCAGGAGCCAUGGCAGGCGCGGUAUCCCGCACUGGCACGGCCCCUCUGGACCGAGCCAAGGUGUAUAUGCAGGUCUACUCCUCCAAGACUAACUUCAUGAACCUGCUGGGGGGGCUCCGAAGCAUGGUCCAGGAGGGGGGCUUCCGCUCCUUGUGGCGGGGCAAUGGCAUCAACGUCCUCAAGAUUGCCCCCGAGUAUGCCAUCAAGUUCUCUGUCUUUGAACAGUGUAAGAAUUACUUCUGUGGCGUGCACGGGUCCCCACCCAUUCAGGAACGGCUCCUUGCCGGCUCCCUAGCUGUGGCCACCUCCCAGACGCUCAUCAACCCCAUGGAGGUGCUGAAGACACGGCUGACCCUGCGCCAGACCGGCCAGUACAAGGGGCUGCUGGACUGUGCGUGGCAGAUCCUGGAGCGGGAGGGCACCCGUGCCCUUUACCGCGGCUACCUGCCCAACAUGCUUGGGAUCAUCCCCUAUGCCUGCACCGACCUGGCCGUCUACGAGACGCUCAGGUGUUUCUGGCUGAAGUCAGGCAGGGACAUGGAGAAUCCUAGUGGCCUGGUCAGUCUGUCAUCUGUGACGCUGUCCACGACCUGUGGCCAGAUGGCCAGUUACCCGCUGACUCUGGUGCGCACCAGGAUGCAGGCCCAAGACACCGUGAAGGGAUCAAACCCCACCAUGUGUGGAAUCUUCCGGCGGAUCCUGGCCCAGCAGGGUUGGCCUGGGCUGUACCGAGGCAUGACUCCCACCUUACUGAAGGUGUUGCCAGCAGGUGGCAUCAGCUAUGUGGUGUAUGAGGCCAUGAAGAAAACCCUGGGCGUAUAGACACCGUCUGGUCGACACACCCUGGGCAGAAAUGGACAGGAGGGUCCAGUGUCCCCUGGCCCAAAGAGCCCUCCAGGCUAAGGCCCGAGGGGGGUGGGGCAGUUUUUGUCAGGAGAAGCAGUCUGGGGGCCUGGGUCAGAAGAUUCUUGGGGACCCCUCCCCAGGGUGCAGGCUGGGACUAGUCUGGACUCCAAUUUGGCCCAUUAUGGCUUGUCCUGGCUUCAGGGUGACAUGGUGGACAAGGAGACUAUCUGAAAUAAAGAGACGGUUUCUGCUGGAUGGGUCUGGGAUACCUGGGUCCAAGAGAGGAGCUGGGUGUCUGGAAUCUCUGGGUCUAGGAGGGGACUAGGAAUCCUUGGUACCAGGAGAUGAGUUGGGGACCUGGAGAUGAGUUGGGGACCUAGGUCUAAGAGGGAGCUGGUCGCUUCAGAUAUCUAGGUCCAAAAGUGGAAGCCAGGUACCUGGGAUCCUGGGGGCCCGGAGUGUGGGCUGGAUAUCUUGGACCCCUUGCACCUGAAUAGGAAUUGUAAAGCUACCUGAUACCUGGGUUCAGGAGAGAAAUUGAGUACCUAGGACGGGAGCUUGUAGCUGAGAUCCCAGACCUUAUGUGAAGCGGGUGUGGGGUGUGGCAUUAGGGUCCUAGGAGAGAACCAACGGCUCUAGACCCUUGCAUUCUGGAGGGGAA